AUGGAGGAUUCGCGGGCCCCAACACCAGCUGAAUCACCUACACCUCCUUUCAGUGAGAAGCACACGGAAAAAGAAGACCGAUGGCAUCUCACAGACAAGUUGGAGGAUUUUAAACAACGUGAAAUUGCUUCCGGAGUCAAGCCUCGACAACUUGGUGUCACCUGGACCAAUCUGACGGUCAAAGGAACCAGCGCGGACGCUGCGGUCAAUGAGAACUUCGCCUCGCAAUUUGACCUCCGAAAUCAAAUCUCUCGAUUCCGACGCAACACCUCCCUACAGACAAUCCUUGAUCAAAGUCAUGGCUGUGUUAAGCCUGGAGAAAUGCUGCUUGUCCUUGGCAGACCUGGGUCAGGGUGCACUACACUUCUCAAAAUGCUCUCCAACCGCCGUGCGGGCUACCAGGAAAUCAGUGGCGAUGUGCGAUUUGGUGAUAUGUCCCAUGAGGAAGCGGAAGAAUAUCGGGGACAAAUUGUCAUGAACACUGAAGAAGAAAUCUUCUUCCCUACUCUUACCGUCGGCGAGACGAUGAAAUUUGCGACAAGCGGAAAGAUUCCAGCUCAUCUACCUCAAGGCUACGAUUCAAAGCGCGAUUACCAAGACGAGAUCAACAAAUUCCUUCUCCAAUCACUGGGAAUUUCUCAUACCGCUAGCACGAAGGUCGGGAAUGAGUAUGUCCGCGGUGUCUCCGGGGGGGAGAGGAAGCGUGUUUCCAUUCUAGAAUGCCUCGCUGCCCGCGCAUCGAUCUACUGCUGGGAUAACAGUACCAGAGGUCUUGACGCAAGUAGCGCGUUGGACUGGGCAAGAUCGAUUCGAGCGAUGACCGACGUCUACUCCAUUUCUUCCAUCGUCACCCUUUACCAAGCCGGAAACCAGAUCUAUGAACUCUUCGACAAAGUGCUGAUUCUGGACGAAGGGAAACAAAUAUACUACGGCCCGAUGAGUGAAGCUCGUCCCUUCAUGGAGGAUCUUGGAUUUGUUUGCGAGGAUGGAGCCAAUGUCGCUGAUUUUUUGACCGGAGUUACUGUACCAACCGAGCGCAAGAUCCACCCCGGCUUCGAGACCAGCUUCCCGCGCGAUGCAGCAUCCAUACAAUCUGUUUAUCGGAGCAGUUCAAUUUUCAAACACGCCUUUACCGACUACUCAUACCCAACCACAGAGAUUGCUAGGAUCCGGACGGCAGACUUCAAAGAAAGCGUCAGUUUUGAAAAGUCAUCGAAGAACAAGAACAGUCGAUACACCGUCAGCUUUCUCUCUCAAGUCAAGGCGUGUAUUUCUCGUCAGUACCAGAUUAUUGGGGGCGAUAUGGUCACCUUUGGAAUGAAGCAAGGUUCAAACCUCGCUCAAGCCUUGAUAGCCGGAUCGCUAUAUUACCAAGCUGCCGAUGAUUCUUCUGGUGUUUUCAUCAAGGGAGGUGUGCUAUUCUGGUCAGUGCUAUACAACAGUAUGACGGCAAUGUCUGAGGUCGUGGAUUCUUUUACAGGCCGACCUGUCAUCUUGAAGCACAAGUCUCUGGCGUACAUCCAUCCAGCAGCCAUUUGCAUUGCUCAGAUCGCCGCCGAUAUUCCCAUUAUCAUUCUGUCGGUUACGACCUGGUCUCUUGUCAUCUAUUUUAUGGCUGGACUAGUCCUUGAUGCGGGAAACUUCUUCACAUACUGGAUCAUUCUUUUUAUCACCAACUUGAGUGCUUGCGGGCUUUUCCGUGCAAUUGGAGCCAUCUUCGGCUCAUUCGAUACCGCCGCUCAAUUGUCGGGAUAUGCAAUCGGUAUUAUGGCAAUGUAUGCGGGUUAUCAAAUCCAUGCAACGCAGAUGCAUCCUUGGUUCGGCUGGCUAUAUUGGCUCAACCCUUUGUCCUAUGGAUUUGAAGCGCUGAUGGGAAAUGAAUUCCACUUGCAAACAAUCAAAUGUGUCACUACAAAUUUGAUCCCAAAUGGCCCAGAAUACAGUGAUAGCGAGCAGUACGCCUCGUGCGCUGGAAUUGGAGGUGCGAAACCCGGUGCUAGCUCCUUGACGGGCGACGACUAUCUUGCAUCCUUGUCGUAUAGUCACUCUCACAUUUGGAGGAAUUUCGGAAUCCUUUGUGCCUGGUGGCUUGUCUAUGUCGGGAUUACAGUGAUUGGAGUAGCUCGCUGGCGUGAUUCGUCUGACUCAGGAGCCUCGCUGCUCAUUCCUCGUGAAAGAUUAGCCUCUCGGCAACAUUCCCCCAUGGACGAAGAGUCUCAACUCACGGAAAAGCAAAGAGCCAAUACUUCAUCGGAUUGCUCAGAGCCAGUUCAACAGACCCAAUCUUCUGGACAGUUGGCACGAAAUACCGCCAUCUUUACAUGGAAGAGCCUCACAUACACGGUCAAAACACCCACUGGUCCUCGAGUGCUCCUUGACAAUGUUUACGGUUGGGUCAAGCCCGGGACACUUACUGCAUUGAUGGGCUCAUCUGGGGCUGGGAAGACAACACUUUUGGACGUUUUGGCUCAGAGGAAGACAGAGGGAACGAUCAACGGAUCAAUCCUGGUAAACGGGCACCCCUUACCAAUCUCAUUUCAACGCUCAGCGGCCUACACAGAGCAGCUUGACGUUCAUGAACCAUAUGCAACAGUACGGGAGGCGUUGGAAUUUUCGGCACUUCUACGUCAACCCCGGGAUGUUGCUGAUGAGGAAAAGCUCAAGUACGUCAAUGUAAUCAUUGAUUUACUCGAACUUCACGACAUUGCCGAUUCCCUAGUUGGCAAACAGGGUGUUGGCCUGAACGUUGAACAGAGAAAGCGCCUUACCAUUGGCGUGGAGUUGGUGUCGAAGCCAAAGAUCCUCAUUUUCCUCGACGAACCAACCUCAGGUCUAGAUGGCCAGUCAGCAUUCAACACUGUUCGAUUCCUGAGAAAGCUUGCCGACGUUGGUCAAUCCGUCUUGGUCACUAUUCACCAGCCUUCAGCUCAACUUAUGGCCCAAUUUGAUAAGCUUCUUCUUCUGAAAUCAGGUGGCAAAAUGGUCUAUCUUGGUGAUAUUGGAGAUAAUUGCCAGACUCUCAAAGACUAUUUUGGGAGAUAUGGAGCACCUUGUCCACCUUCAUCCAACCCAGCGGAGCAUAUGAUUGAUGUUGUUUCUGGUCACUGUUCGUCUGGUCACUGCUCGGACACAGACUGGCAUCAAGUUUGGCUUGAUUCCCCUGAGCGCCAGCAUACUACCAACGAACUUGAGAAAAUCUUACAAGAAUCAGCGGCCGAGGGGCCUAUGGAAGAGGACGGGUUCGAAUAUGCCGUGCCACUACUCAAGCAAACCAAAUAUGUUCUGCGCCGCAUGAAUCUCGCGCUGUUCCGAAACACCCCCUAUAUUAACAACAAAAUUGCUCUCCAUAUCGGUUUGGGACUUUUCAAUGGUUUCAGUUACUGGAAGAUCGGGGAAUCGGUCGGUGACCUGCAACUCAAACUUUUUACUGUAUUUGUUUGGAUGUUUGUUGCCCCCGGCGUCAUCAACCAACUUCAGCCGCUUUUCAUCGAAAGAAGAGAUCUUUACGACGCCCGUGAGAAGAAAGCACGAAUCUAUUCAUGGAAAGCUUUCGUCACAGCUUUGAUCGUUUCUGAAUUGCCAUACUUAUGCAUCUGUGCUGUCUUGUACUUUGCAUGCUGGUAUUAUACGGUUGGUAGUCCCACCGGGUCUGACAAAGCCGGCGCUGCAUUCUUCGUCGUUUUCAUCUACGAAUUCCUUUAUACAUCCAUUGGGCAGUUCAUUGCUGCCUAUGCACCCAACGCUGUUUUUGCAGCGCUUACCAAUCCACUUCUUGUUGGAAUCAUCGUGUCCUUCUGUGGAAUCUUGGUCCCCUACGAACAGAUUGUUCCCUUCUGGAGAUACUGGAUGUAUUAUCUCAAUCCGACAACUUACCUGGUUGGAGGCAUGCUUACCUUUACCAUAUUUGAUACCGACGUUAAGUGUGUUACCGAGGAACUUGCUCUCUUCAAUGCUCCCAGUAACAUGACUUGCGGUGAUUAUCUGGCAACCUACCUUCAAUCCUCUGGGGCAAAUCUUCUGAACCCAUCCGAUUCAGUCGGUUGCCGGGUCUGCCCCUACUCAAAGGGAAGUGAUUAUCUUCGGACCAUCAAUAUCAAAGAUUGGUAUUUCGGAUGGAGAGAUGUGGGCCUCACCAUUAUCUUCAUCCUGAGCUCAUACUCUCUCGUCUACUUGUUCAUGGCACUCAAGACAAAAUCGUCCAAGAGGGCCGAGUGA